AUGUGCCCGCAGCCAGCAGCAGCUGGCAGCAUGGGCUCCUCAGGGGCCGCAGCAGGCUGGGGGCUUCUGGAUUACAAGACGGAGAAAUAUGUGAUAACCAGGAAUUGGCGGGUGGGCGCCCUGCAGAGGCUGCUGCAGCUUGGGAUUGUGGCCUAUGUGGUGGGGUGGGCUCUCUUCGCCAAAAAAGGCUACCAGGAGCGGGACCUGGACCCCCAGAUUUCCGUCAUUACCAAACUCAAAGGGGUCUCUGUGACACAGAUCAAGGAGCUUGGGAACCGGCUGUGGGAUGUGGCCGACUACGUGAAGCCACCACAGGGAGAGAACGUGUUCUUCUUGGUGACCAAUUUCCUCGUGACGCCAACCCAAAUUCAGGGCAGAUGCCCAGAGCACCCCUCCGUGCCACUGGCUAACUGCUGGACCGACGAAGACUGCACCGAAGGGCAGACAGGCACGCACAGCCACGGCAUACAAACAGGCCGGUGUGUGGUGUUCAACGGGACCCACAAGACCUGUGAGAUCCGGAGUUGGUGCCCAGUGGAGAGCAGUGCUGUGCCCACGAGGCCCCUGCUGAUCCAUGCUCAGAACUUCACGCUGUUCAUCAAAAACACUGUCACCUUCAGCAAGUUCAACUUCUCCAAGUCCAAUGCCUUGGAGACCUGGGACCCCACCUACUUCAAGCACUGCCGCUACGAUCCACACUCCAGCCCCUACUGCCCUGUGUUCCGCAUUGAGGACCUUGUGGCCGAGGCUGGAGGGGACUUUGAGGACCUGGCAUUGCUGGGCGGCUCUGUAGGCAUCAGUGUUCACUGGGAUUGUGACCUGGACACCGGGGACUCUGACUGCCGGCCCCACUACUCCUUCCAGCUGCAGGAGAGGAGCUACAACUUCAGGACGGCCACGCACUGGUGGGAGGACCCGGGCGUGGAGGCCCGGAGCCUGCUCAAACUCUACGGGAUCCGCUUCGACAUCCUCGUCACUGGGCAGGCAGGGAAGUUCGGGCUCAUCCCCACGGCCAUCACUCUGGGCACCGGCGCAGCUUGGCUGGGCGUGGUCACCUUCCUCUGUGACCUGCUACUGUUGUACGUGGAUAGAGAAGCCCAUUUCUACUGGAGGACAAAGUAUGAGGAGGCAAAGGCCCCGAAGGCAACUGCCAACUCUCUGUGGUGCGAGCUGGCUUUCACAUCCCAAGCCCGGCUGCCCAAGUGCCUUAGACAGGGCUCAGGACCUGCCCCCAUGGCCACUGCUGCUGGGAGUCAGACACUGACGCUGGGGUGGCCCUGUCCAGGCUCUGGCACCCACUUGCCGGCCCGUUCCUGA